AUCCACAACUUCUGCAAGGAGUGAGGGAGAAACAGCAAUACGCACCAUUAACUUGCACCAGUGUGUGACAAUCCCCCAUCCGUCUAACACCAACUAACGGGCCGUGAGCUUUUACCGGGCCCGUGAUCGCUGAUGCCCGACAAAAAGGCUGUUUGUGUCAAUCAAACCGAGCCCCCUCCCCUUCUUUUCCUUCUAUCGCUCACUCUCUCUCUCGAUCGCCUCCACUUGUGUAGGCGCUCGAAACCCGGUGCAUUUACGCACGGCAGUCAGUUGUUAACGGACAGCCUGAUAUCGGUGCUUCUCCGUCUGCUAAGAUGGCUAAUAGCUACCUUAAAGAGCAGAGAUAAAGGGACAAGUAGGAAUAGCGGGAGAGAACAGAAGACAGCGGGGGAGACGAGAGUAAGAGAAAGAGAAGAAUGAUGAGCGGGGGGAGGAGAGCGGAUCAUUCCGCCUGGCCGCCCCUGCUGCUCUAGAGGAGGGUAGAGAGAGCGGAGAUGGCACAACGCUUCAGCAUCCAAAACACACGGGAAUGGUGCGCCACUGAGACCGGAGCCCCGGACCCACCCGAAGCAGCACUACAUUCACCACUCUCCCUUCACGCCUCCUCCCCGCACAGCAGCGCUUUAGCCUCGGCUAGAGGCAUUAAUCAUCACCUGCUCUGUUUUUGCAUAUGAUUCCUCCGUGAGGACUGGAAGGAGAGUGCCUCAACUGCGUUUCCUCAAUGAAGACCUUUGUUCCACCACAUCCUGCACUGCUCUCUUCUCCACCUGCCAUGGUGACAUGACGCAUCCCUGAGUGGCUCUUCUCCUUUCUCACAUACACAGACAAUCCCUUGGGCUCCUCGAACCCCCAAACUAGUGUAGACGCCGUCUAGCCUCCUGCAGACUAAAAAAGACAUCUCCUCCCACUCACAAUACCUUCUCGAUUUGCAAUGACCGUGGCCGUGCGAUUCCGUCGCCACCUACGUAGGCUCCUGCUUCUGCUGGCCUCCUGCUGCCUCCUCUCCCUCCUUCUCUCUGCGUACUUUCUCUUUACGAACUCCUCACCUUCCAUGCAGCUCGGACAAUCCUCUGAACCUGCCUGCUCCCAGCCACUUUCCAUGUCUCCAUACCGUCAGCUCCCGCACCCAUAUCCACCUAACCCCCCUCAUACACAUAUCCACACUGACCCGGUAGUGCUGGUGCUGGUGGAGUCCCAGUACUCCCAGCUGGGUCAGGAUAUUGUGGCUAUACUGGAGUCAGCACACUUCCAGUUCCGCAUGGAGAUUGCCUCAGGGAAGGGGGAUCUUCCACCACUGACAGAAAAGGGCCGUGGACGAUAUUCACUAGUAAUUUAUGAGAAUUUGUUAAAGUAUGCACAUGCAGACACAUGGAACAGACAGCUGUUGCAUCAGUACUGUACUGAAUACAGAGUGGGCAUCAUCGGCUUCUACCGCUCCACAGAGAACUCCCCACCUCUUCUCAAACUGCGAGGCCUCCCGCUGGUGCUUAGGACCAACCAGGCACUUUGGGACUGUUGUGUGGUGUCUAGCUCACCUCUCUUGCAUCUGACCAAACCUGGCACAGAUAGAGGGCCCUUACCUGGGGAAGACUGGACAUCCUUCUCCUCCAAUCACUCCACCUACCAGGCUGUGCUGCAUGCACGGGCCAAGGACGGAGUGGGGGCAGGUAGCGGAGAUAAUCCGGGGCCUGGUUUCAGUUUAGGCCACCAAGCCACCGUGGUACAGGAUAUGGGUCUAUAUGAUGGGGUGAGGAGGGUGCUAUUUGGCCAAGGACUGGGCUACUGGCUCCACAAACUCAUCCUGGUGGAUGCCAUCUCCUACCUCACAGACAGGAAGCUUACUCUGGGCCUGGACCGACACAUACUGGUGGAUAUAGAUGACAUUUUCGUGGGAAAGGAAGGGACACGCAUGAAUGCCAAGGAUGUGAAGGCUCUGCUUGAUACUCAGAAACAGCUGCGCUCUCAGAUCUCCAACUUUACCUUCAAUCUGGGCUUCUCUGGGAAGUUCUACCAUACAGGCCAUGUAUCAUCCAGACCUUGUGGAGGUCAGCUGUUUUUGGUGAUUAUGAUGAACUGCACAGCGGAGGAGGACGAGGGAGAUGAUUUACUGUUGAAGUAUGUGGAUGAGUUCUGGUGGUUCCCCCACAUGUGGAGCCACAUGCAGCCUCACCUUUUCCACAACGAGUCCUCACUGCUGGAGCAGAUGGUUCUCAACAAGGAGUUUGCACUAGAGCACAACAUCCCAGUGGACAUGGGUUAUGCCGUGGCCCCUCACCACUCAGGCGUCUACCCGGUACACCUGCAGCUGUACGAGGCUUGGAGACGUGUGUGGAACAUCAGGGUCACCAGCACUGAAGAGUAUCCCCACCUCAAGCCUGCCCGUUACCGCAAGGGCUUCAUCCACAACAACAUUAUGGUGCUGCCUCGUCAGACGUGUGGUUUGUUUACUCACACCAUCUACUAUAAGGAAUAUCCUGGUGGACCCAAGGAACUGGACAAAAGCAUCCAUGGGGGAGAGCUGUUUCUCACUGUGCUGCUCAACCCAAUCAGUAUAUUCAUGACCCACCUGUCUAACUACGGCAAUGAUCGACUAGGGCUUUACACGUUUGUCCACCUGGCCUCCUUUCUUCGCUCAUGGACAAACCUGAAACUCCACACACUUCCACCCCUGCAGCUAGCACACAAAUACUUCCAGCUUUUCCCUGAACAAAGGAAUCCACUCUGGCAGAACCCGUGUGAUGACAAGCGACAUAAAGACAUCUGGUCUAAAGAGAAGACCUGUGACAGGUUACCCAAGUUCAUGGUCAUAGGACCACAGAAAACAGGGACGACAGCACUUUAUCUCUUCCUGCUCAUGCAUCCCUCCAUCUCCAGUAACUUCCCUAGUCCAAAGACUUACGAGGAGGUGCAGUUCUUCAACACCAACAACUACCACAAAGGAAUUGACUGGUAUAUGGAGUUUUUCCCUGUGCCCUCUAAUGUUAGUACAGACUUCCUGUUUGAGAAGAGCGCCAACUAUUUCCCCUCAGAGGAGUCCCCACGGCGAGCUGCUGCCCUGCUGCCCAAGGCCAAGAUCAUCACCCUGCUCAUCAAUCCCUCUGACAGAGCCUACAGCUGGUAUCAGCAUCAACGAGCUCAUGAGGACCACGCAGCCCUGCAGUUCACCUUCUAUGAUGUCAUCAGCGCAAGACCAGAAGCACCAGCUGAGCUGCGCUCCCUGCAGAGCCGUUGUCUCGUUCCUGGUCUCUACUCCACACACCUAGAGAGGUGGCUCACAUUCUACCCUGCUAACCAGGUGAUGAUUAUUGAUGGCCAUCAGCUGAGAACCGACCCUGCAGCAGUGAUGAAUGAAGUUCAGAAGUUCCUGGGAGUAACUCCUCAUUUCAACUACUCCCGGGCCCUUACGUUUGACCCUCAAAAGGGCUUUUGGUGCCAGCUCCUUGAGGGAGGAAAGACAAAAUGUUUGGGAAAGAGCAAAGGGCGGAAGUACCCUCCGAUGGAGUCAGAGGCACGUGCAUAUCUCUCCAGGUACUACAGGGAACACAAUGUGGAGCUGUCAAAGCUGCUGCACCGCCUCGGACAGCCCCUGCCCUCCUGGCUAAGAGAGGAACUGCAGAAGAUAACCUUUGCAUCCAUGAACCAGGGUUAAAUGUCAAGGGGUCAGAGACCAGGAAGCAACCAGGAGCAGCUGACCUUCAGAUGCACUGUCUGUGGCCUUUUAGUGAACCCUGAGGUGAAGGCAAGGACCGGAGCCUUGUUUCACCUAGGAGCUAUGACACUGCUGAAAGGGGCAGAAGUCAUGAAAGUGCAAAGGAACUUUUUGGGCUGAAAGUGAACACUGGAAAGGAUGGACGGAUGAGUGGCAGCUUCAGGUAACUAACGCAGCUCUGAAGAAAGUGUGAGUAAGAGCAAGAACCACUGUAUGAGAGAAGAGAACUAAAGGAGACAAGGAGCAUUUGGCAAGUCUUUGAUGCCCAUCCCUAUUCUGAACUGUGGUGAACUCUGGUGUAGACCUGCAGUGAUUUGGAUGGUUAUUACUGGUUUUAUUUUCACCAUUAAUUUAUGAUGCCAGAACAGCGCUGGUCAGCUGUGCGUGGCUCCCUUAGAAAUGACUUUGCACUAAGUUCUGUUCCAUCUGUAUCCAAGGUUUGGUUUGGUUUUACUUUUUAAUAGGGUUUUUCGUUACAGUGAGAAGUAAGCAGGGAGAAUAAGUGCAGACUCAGGGUGAGUGACAGGCUUGUUACGUUCCAUGAUAGGUUCUCAUUGUUUUAUGAUUUAAUUUCUUUAAGUGAAGCUAGUUUCUGGUAGAUCUGGUAUCCUUGAUCACCCUUAUAGAUGUCUCGUGCAACUUUCACUGGAAAGUAUGGGCUGGAAAUAGGACACUGAAGCAUGAUGCAAUGCCCGCUCAUUAUUUCCCUGUGACAAGCCACUCAGAGCAACACCGUGCCCAUUUAGCACAGCACGAGCGCCGAUGACUUGAGCACUUAGGAGGCACGAGUUUGUGGGUAUAAAACAGACCAAAAUGAGCCCAAGCAGCUCCUGUAACCGCAGACGAUUUUUAUUUUGUCAGUGUCUCAUUUAAAUCUCAACCAUCUUGUUUUCUUUUAAAACCAGUGGCCUACGUUUUUUAGCUUCAGUUUGAAUGCAAAAAACCCCAAUUGUCAAACACAGAAACCAAAAUUAAAGAAAUGUAUAUGACUGAUGGUAUAAGAUGGUUUUUUUUCUGAGCAAGCUAAAAACCACCUGAAAACACACUGUACAGGGACCCAACUGAACACAUGCUUGUGAAGCGCUGACCUAAAAAGGUUUACAACAGAUUGUCCACUAAGGUAAGUGAAAAGGACAUGCAUGACAGUUUGGUGCCUGUCGGGUGGGUCACCUUUAGCUAACCUACAGUACCACAGAAUCAAGCAUAGAUCGGGCCCAAGAGUGUGGCACCUGAACCCGACUUGAGCCCAAUGCGAUUGAGUUCAUAUGGUGUUUUGCCACUUAUCAUUAAAUCAAGCAGACGUUUAAGCGCUCCAGCGUUCUAGCCAAAAGUUUGACCUAUGUGUCUGAACCCAAAACCUGAACAUGGUUUCUGAAUUUCUGUCUGAGCCCUCGGUUACCAGCAGGUCCCGUCAUGCUCAGUUCAGGUAUGGACACUCUAUCUAUCAGACUGUAAGGACUUUAUAGAUGUGGAACUUGUACAGUACCUUACUUCAAUAUUUCCAUUUUCUGCUACUUUAUACUUCGACUCUACUAC